AUGUUACAAUCGCCCUUUACAUUUGAUUCUUCAAAGAGGAGGAAUAGAGGAUUACUAAACACUUCACGCUCAACCCAAACUCAGGCUCAGGCUCAGACUCAGACUCAGGCUCAGACUCAGGCUCAGAGUGCUACUACUCCAAGAACACCCGAGACUGUUGACAUUAGGCCGCUUUAUACCUGUAAUCUACACUUGCAUCCACCAACACCUACAGUAACACAACUUUUGGAUACUCCGCCAUCUUCGUCAAUACGUAAACCCAAGAGACAACGUACGAUGAAUACAACACCAGCCAAUCUUUCACCAACUAAUACGGGCUCGAGCUCAAGGUUAAGGUUAAACUCCAACCCAAACUCAAGUUCAAGUUCAAGUUCAAGUUCGAGCUCUACGUCUAGAUUGGACACCUGGUCCAGAACAAUCGCCGCCACCGCCACUAUUAUCAACACAAGAGCAAUUCAAGAGGCGGCACCAAUGCUUAUACCUAUGUCUACUCCAGAAUCCUUUUCAACACCCUCGGUAGAAGCCUCGAUCGAGUCAAACCUCAGACUAAUUCAACUCAAGCUUAAUACUUUGGAAGCAUCAAGUGUCAAGUCAGACAUUGAACGAAUACUAAGGACAACCAUUAAUGAACUUACGAAUGAAAGAGCUAGACGGAAACAAUUACCAAGAAGAUUAUACACUGAGUUUAUGGUGAGCGAUGAUGAGGAUGAGGAGGGGGAUGAGGAACAGCAAGUAGUGGAUGAGGAGAGUAGACGUGCUGAUUUCCUGUUUGAAACUCCAAGAGACCAAAUAUUGAGCCGACUGAUGACAGUGCCUCCACCAAUAGUAGAUACACCAAGACCAGGACCUAUUUGUAGAAGAUUAUUUGAUCUGGAUUAUGAGGAGGAGGAUGUCGCAGAGGGCGAGAGGUGGAGAGGAAGAGGAAGAGGAAGAGCAGCAGCAGCAGCAGCAGCAGCAGCAGGAGAAGGAGACGAAGAAGAAUUAGAGGAAGAGUUGCCAUGUUUUAUACUUUCAAAUUUACAGCAGCUGCUGGUUCUGUGA